AUGUCUCAACUCCCAGAAGGCUGGCGCAUGAAAGAGUCCUCAAGCAGACCUGGUACUUUUUAUUAUAUCAACAAGUAUACAAACGAAACUCAAUGGGAGCGUCCAACCAAGCCAGCAACACCAAGCGGAUCAUCAAGCCAUGAUCACUCUGCAUCAUCGGAUCAACAAGUGAAAGUAAGCCAUCUUUUAAUCAAACACAACCAAUCGAGAAGACCAUCAUCAUGGAGAGAAGAAAAGAUCACCCGAUCUAAACAAGAAGCUACCCAGAUUUUGAGUGGUCUCCGUGAAGAGAUUUUCAAUGCUAGUGAUAUUGCCGAGAAAUUCAGUGAAUUAGCAUCAAAAUACAGUGAUUGCAGCAGUGCUAAGAGAGGAGGUGAUUUAGGCUUCUUUGGUCAUGGCCAAAUGCAAAAGCCAUUUGAGGAUGUUUCAUUCCGGUUGAAAGUUGGAGAAUUGAGUGAUAUUGUUGAAACAGACAGUGGUGUUCAUAUUAUUUACCGAACGGCUUAA